GAGGAGGCGGAGGCGGCGGAGGAGGAGGGGGGGUCGAGCCCGACAUGAAGAACGGGGCUCCUCCGGACGGGGCCCCGCAGCCCCCCCCGGGGGGGCCCCUCCCGCCCCCCCCGUACUACCAGCCCUACAGCCGGGGCCCCUUCCUCCAACAUGGCGGACAACAAAGCCCCGGCGUGCUGAUGGAUUCCUACGAGCAGCACGGAUACUACGGCUACGGCCCCUUCCAGGGGGGCAGGACUGCCUACCCGCAGGGCUACGGGCCCCCCCGGGGUGGGGGCAAGCCGGGGCCCCCGGGGGCCCCCCCUGCAGGGGCCCCCCCGACCCAGGGCCAGGGCCACGCUGUGGGCUACAGCAGCAGCGGGCAGCGCUUCCUGGGUGGGGGGGGCCCCCAGCCCGGGCCCCCCACCUCCACGCCGACCCUCAACCAGCUGCUGACGUCCCCCAGCUCCGCCCGCGGGUACCCCGGGUACCCGCAGGGGGACUACGGGGGCCCCGAGGGCCCCAGCAAGGGCCAGGGCCUCCAGGGCCAGGGCCAGGGGGGCCCCCCGGGGGCCCAGGGGGGGCCCCAGGGAGACCUGGGGGGCCAGGGCCCCGCACAGCAGCAGUACUGGACGCAGAGGAGCCACCACCCGCCCCCCAUGAGCCCGGGCGGCACCGGGCCGGCCCCCGGCCGGAGCCAGCCUCCGACCUCCAUGGACCAGGUGGGGAAGAUGCGAGGCCAGCCCUACGGGGGGCCUAACCCCUACUCCCAGCAGCAGCAGGGCCCCCCCGCUGGCCCGGGGCCCCAGCAAGGAGGCUCCUACCCAGGGCAGGGCUACGGACCCCCGGGCCCCCAUCGGUACCCCAUGGGUAUUCAGAGCCGGACUCCCGGCGCCAUGGGCGCCAUGCAGUACGGCCAGCAGAUGUCCCCCUACGGCCAGCCGGGUCCCGGAGGCUACGGCCAGCAGAACCAGGGCUACUACGGCCAGCACGGCCCCCAGCAGGGGCCCCCCUACGCCGGCAGGGAGGCCGGCCCCCCCUACUCCCAGCAGGGCCAGCACGGGGGCCAGCCGGGGGCCCAGUACCAACAGUCCCAGGGGGGCCACGGCCCUGCCACGGCGGGGCAGCCCCCCUACAGCCAACCUGCCCAGGCCCAGUCGGGGCAGCAGCCCCCUUACGCCGCCCCCCAGCAGCAACAGGGCCCCCAGGGCCAGGGGGGCCCUCAGGGCCAGCCUGGGUACCAACAGACCCCUGGACCGGGACCAGGACCGGGACAGACGUCGCAGCAGCAGCAAACGCCACAGCAGCAGCAGCAAGGGGCCCCCCAACAGAACCAACAACCAGGGGGGGGUGGCCCCCAACCCCAACAACCUCCGGGUCACGGCCAGCAGGGUCAGCCGUCACCGUACUCUCAGACCCCCCCCCUGCAGCAGCCCCCCCAACAACCACAACAACCGCCGCAGCAGCAGUCGCCAUAUCAGAGGUUCCCACCUCCGCCACAGGAACUUUCCCAGGAUUCCUUCAGCUCCCAGUCCAGCGUCGCUGCCUCCAACCAGCCCAGCAAGCCGGGUCAGGAAGACGGCCUGCAGCCGCGGCCGUCCAGCCUGCCGGAUCUGUUCGGGUCCAUCGACGACCUCCCGACCGGCACCGAGGCGGCGCUGAGCCCGGGGGUCAGCACCUCGGGGGUGUCCAGCAGUCAGGGCGAGCAGAGCAACCCGGCCCAGUCGCCCUUCUCGCCCCACACGCCCCCUCACCUGCCGGGCCUCCGCGGGCCCUCGCCCUCCCCGGUGGGGUCGCCCACUAACGUCACGCCCUCGCGGUCCGGCCCGCUGUCGCCCGCCGCCGUGCCAGGGAACCAGCUGCCCCCCCGGCCGCCCAGCGUCCAGUCCGACGGCAUCCUGCAUUCUUCCAUGAACCAGCCGGCCCUGGGCCCGGACCGCGUCUACAUGAGGAACCCCCAGAUGCCCCCGUACGGGUCGCCCGGACAGCCUGGCUCCGCCUUAUCUCCCCGCCAGUCGUCAGGAGGCCAGAUGCAUGCUGGGAUGGGACCCUACCCUCAGAACAGCACCAUGGGGAACUACGGCCCUCAGGGAGGCCAGUACGGCCCACAAGGUUACCCCCGGCAGCCCGGCUACUCGGGGAUGCCCAACGCCAACUACCCCGCCGGGGUGGGGCCCGGCAUGGCCGGCUCCAUGAACCCCAUGUCCGGCCAGGGCGGGGGGGCCCCCUACGGAGGCAUGGCCCCCGGCAGGAUGGGGCCCGGGCAGAUGGGGGCGCGGCCCUACGGGCCCGGCCUGGCCUCCAACAUGGCCGGCAUGCCCCCCCAGGUCUCCUCGGGCAUGUGCCCCCCCCCAGGCAUGAACAGGAAGGACGGGGUUCCCACCAUGCACCACGGACCCAGCAACUCCAUACACAGCAGGCCGCCCGGUUACCCCAACAUGUCUCCGGGCCUGAUGGGAGCCGGGUCUCCCUACGGGCCCGGCAUGAACAGCAUGCACGGAGUGAUGAACCAGGCCGGACCGGGCCAGUACAUCGCGGGCAACAUGGCCAACAACACCCCCGGAAUGGCUCCGGGUCCGGACUUUGGGAUGGAGAAGAUGGCCCCGGCCCCCAAGAUGAACAACAAGGCGGACGGAACCCCCAAACCCGAGUCCAAAAAGAAGUCCAGCUCGUCCACCAUCACCAACGAGAAGAUCACGCGGCUGUACGACCUGGGCCCGGAGCCGGAGCGUAAGCUGUGGGUGGACCGGUUCCUGGCCUUCGCCGAGGAGAAGAACAUGGGCAUGAACAACCUGCCGGCCGUCGGCCGCAAGCCGCUGGACCUGUUCCGGCUCUACGUGUCGGUCAAGGAGAUCGGCGGGCUGACCCAGGUGAACAAGAACAAGAAGUGGCGGGAGCUGGCCACCAACCUGAACGUGGGCACGUCCAGCAGCGCCGCCAGCUCCCUCAAGAAGCAGUACAUCCAGUGUCUGUACGCCUUCGAGUGCAAGGUGGAGCGCGGAGAGGACCCGCCGCCCGACUUCUUCAACACCGACUCCAAGAAGAGCCAGCCCAAGGUCCAGCCGCCCAGCCCAGCUGGUUCCGGAUCCCUCCAAGGACCCCAGACCCCCCAGUCCACCACCAGCUCCAUGGCAGAAGGAGGAGACCUGAAGCCCCCCACCCCCGCCUCCACCCCCCACUCCCAGAUGCCCCCCAUGCCAGGGGUCAGGACUAGCGUGAACCUGCAGGACCCGUUUGCUGACGGAGGAGACCCGGCCUUCUCCCGGAGGAACGCCAUGACGCCCAACUCCCAGGGCUUCCAGGCCGGGAUGGGCCCGGAGAUGAUGAGCCGCAUGGGCCCGUACGAGUCCAGCAAGGACCCGUUCGGAGGCAUGAGGAAAGCCGGGGAGCAGUUCAUGACGUCGGGGCCCAACAGCGGGAUGGGAGAGCAGUACAACCGCGGCCCGCCGGGCCCCAUGGGGAACAUGCCCAUGGGCCAGAGGCAGCAGUACCCCUACGGAUACGACCGGAGAGCGGAACCGGGCCUAGGUCCCGACGGCAGCAUGGGGCCCGGCGCCCCUCAGCCCAACAUGAUGCCGUCUGGCACCGACGCAGGGAUGUACUCGCCGAGCCGCCCUCCGCCCCAGCAACGGCACGAGUCCUACACCAACCAGUACCCGGGCCAGGGGGCCCCCCCCGGCGGCCCGUACCCGACCCAGCAGCCAGGAAUGUACCCGCAACAGCAACCGAACUACAAGCGCCCGGUGGACGGCGGCUACGGCCCCCCCGCCAAGCGCCACGAGGGGGAGAUGUACAGCGUCCCGUUCAGCGGGCAGCAGCAGCCGGGGCCCCCGUCCUCGGGCCACCAGGCCCCCCAGGACCUGUACAACCAGUACAACACCUACCCCGGGGGGGAGCGCCGCCCGCCGGGCCCCCAGGGCCAGUUCCCCUUCCCCUUCGGCCGGGACCGGGGGCCGGCCUCGGCGGGCCCCAACUCCCAGUCCCCCAUGCCCCCCCAGAUGAUGACGAGCCCCAUGCCUUCAGGUCCCGACGGCCCCCAGGGCCCGGUGUGGCAGGGCCGCAACGAGAUGGGUUACGCCAACUACCCCAACCGGCAGGGGCCCCCCGUCCCGGGCCAGGGCCCCGGGUACCACGCCAUGACCCGCUCCGAGGACAUGAUCCCGGCGGACCAGCGCAUCAACCACGAGGGCCAGUGGCCCGGCCACCAGCGCCAGCCGCCGUUCGGCCCGGUGGGGUCGGGGCCCCCCAUGAGCCGGCCCCUGCCCUCCAGCUACCCCGCCCCCCAGAACAGCAUUCCUCAGGUUUCCAGCCCCGCCCCCAUGCCGCGGCCCCUGGAGAGCCGGACGUCGCCCAGCAAGUCGCCCUACAUGCACCCGGGCAUCAAGGUGCAGAAGGCCGGGCCCCCGGUGCCGGCGUCGCACAUCGGCCAGGCGCCGGUGCAGCAGCCCCUGAUCCGCAGGGACCUGGCCUUCCCGCCGGGCUCCGUGGAGGCGUCGCAGCCGCACCUCAAGCCCCGCCGCCGGCUCACCAUGAAGGACAUCGGAACCCCGGAGGCGUGGCGCGUCAUGAUGUCGCUGAAGUCGGGGCUGCUGGCCGAGAGCACCUGGGCGCUGGACACCAUCAACAUCCUGCUGUACGACGACGGCAGCAUCACCACCUUCAACCUGUGUCAGCUGCCCGGGUUCCUGGAGCUGAUCGUGGAGUAUUUCCGGCGCUGCCUCAUCGAGAUCUUCGGGAUCCUGAAGGAGUACGAGGUCGGGGACCCGAGCCAGCGGACCCUGAUCGACCCGGACGCCGCCGAGGACUCGGAGGACGAGCUGCUGCUGCCGGAGGGCGAGGACGUGGACACGGAGGAGGAGGACGAGGACGAGGAGGACACGCCCGACCCGUCCUCCUCCUCGCCGGUCCGGGUCAAGGAGGAGGAGGAGGACGGGUCGCCGAGGGACGGGGACGAGGACCGGCCCGCCAGGGACGCCGCCGCCCCGGAGAAACCGCGGCAGGCCAGCAAGUUCGACAAGCUGCCCCUGAAGCUGGUGCGGAGGAAGAACCCGUUCCAGCGGCGGGUCCCCGGGCCGGGCCAGCGCCAGAGCUUCAGCAGCGGCCUGGUCCACUGGAGCGUGGGCGGCGGCGACACCACCGAGCACAUCCAGACCCACUUCGAGAGCCGGCUGGACCUCCUCCGGCACCGGAGACGCAAACCAGAGAGCCCGGCACCGGUCCCCGUCACCGUGGACGACGCCCUCCCGGUGCCCGCGGAGGCGCCGCAGAAGGAGAACGGCAUCGACCCGGACCCGCAGAACCGGCGCCGCCUCGCCGUCCUGGAGGAUGAGCCGCACAGCAAGGACGAGACGCCGCUCAGCACGCCGGCGUCCUGGCAGGACGCGCUAGCGCGCCGCUGCGUCUGCGUGUCCAACAUCGUGCGCAGCCUGUCCUUCGUCCCCGGCAACGACCUGGAGAUGUCGCGGCACCCGGGCCUGCUGCUGCUGCUGGGCCGGCUGGUGCUGCUGCACCACCGCCACCCGGAGCGGCGCCAGGCGCCCGCCACCUACGAGAAGGACGGCGAGGACGAGGGCGGCGCCGGCGGCGGGCCGGGCCCCGGCGGGGGCGGCGGCGGGGCGGAGGAGUGGUGGUGGGACUGCCUGGAGGCGCUGCGGGAGAACGCCCUGGUCACGCUGGCCAACGUGGCGGGCCAGCUGGACCUGUCGCUGUACCCGGAGAGCAUCUGCCUGCCGCUGCUGGACGGGCUGCUGCACUGGGCCGUGUGCCCGGCGGCGGCGGCGCUGGACCCGCUGCCCUCGCUGGGGCCCCUGGGGCUGCUGUCCCCGCAGCGCCUGGUGCUGGAGGCCCUGAGCAAGCUCAGCAUCCAGGACUGCAACGUGGACCUGAUCCUGGCCACGCCGCCCUUCGGCCGGCUGGAGCAGCUGUGCAGCACGCUGGUGCGGCUGGUGGGCGAGCGCAAGGCGGCGGCGUGCCGCGAGAUGGCGGUGGUGCUGCUGGCCAACCUGGCGCAGGGCGACGGCGUGGCGGCGCGCGCCAUCGCCGUGCAGAAGGGCAGCGUGGGGAACCUGCUGGGCUUCCUGGAGGACAGCCUGGCCGCCACGCAGUACCAGCAGAGCCAGGGGGCGCUGCUGCAGCUGCAGGCCGCCGCGCCCUUCGAGCCCACCAGCGUGGACAUGAUGCGGCGGGCGGCGCGCGCGCUACACGCGCUAGCGCGGGUGGAGGAGAACCGCUCCGAGUUCACGCUGUACGAGUCGCGGCUGCUGGACGUGUCGGUGUCGCCGCUCAUGAACUCGCAGGUGUCCCAGGUGAUCUGCGACGUACUGUACCUGAUCGGCCAGUCGUGACGGCCGCUGGGAGGCCCCGCCCCCCGGGAGGCCCCGCCCCCUGGCGAGCGGGGGCGUGUCUUUGAGUGAAUGGAAAAACUUGCCUUUUUUGUUCUUUUCUUUUUGUUUUUUUUUUAAUUUAUGCAAAAUCACCUUGGAUUCCACCGUCUGGAGUCGCCGCCGCGGCGCCGGCGGAGGGGGCGGGGCCCGGGGGGCGGAGCUCGCCGCCGCUAGCGCCCUGCGGGACCGACUUUCCUUUUUCUUUUUGUUUUUUAAGAAAACAGAGCUCGCC